CGCAAAUGGCUGUGAGAGCUCUGAUGGAUCUGUAGCUUGGCUCCGGCUUUGAUGCUCGAUUAUCCGAGGCGGACGGGAGCGCUGGAACGGACUAUGCUUUGCGGGAGACGGAGGACAGGCCUGCAACGUUGGAGAGGGACGGAGAGGGGGAGAGUGAGGGUGUGCAAGAAGAUGGUUGCUGGUGCUGCCCAGCUUGCAACGUCUCCCAAGUCACAGAGUCGAAUACCGGGGUCUGCGACUGUCAAGAACGUGUGUGAGUCUGGAGAAGCAUGGGACCCAAGGAGGACAGGGAAAUUCUUUGCUGUCGUCACUUCUCCCUGUCAAACUGUAUCGAAAUCGCCCAAAAUUGGGUGGAGGACAGAGAUUGCCGGCGCGGGUGGGAACUAUUUUUUUCUGGCCCUCGCUGGGUCCUGGGAGUCGGGACUCCUGGGCGGGAAAACUGCGACAACCCACACCAGAAACAAGCUGGAGCUAACAGAAUAGCCUCAAGCUCCACCGCGUGGCAGCAAGGACUGUGGGAAAGGGCUCAGCUAGAGUCUGCUGGACCGACGUCGAGCCAGUUCGUCUUGUUCCAGGAAGCUUCUGUUGGCUGUGGUUCAUCCGCAGCACCGGCUUCAAACCAGGGAAACCCCUUCAACACAGCAUUUGACCGCAAAGUUGGGAACUGGGCGGUCCCCUGGGGGCCCUGGUGUUGGUGCUUUUCGUUGGCGCCGGUGCCAAUCGUCGCCGCUUCGAGUCAGAGCGCCAGAAGCACUCAGGCCCAACUGUGGAGAAGCCCUUGUCUUUCGUUUCUUCCCGUCCGCGACCGUUGCAAUGGAUUUGCCCUCGAACGGGGGUCAAGAGCCUGGCAAGGCCUGCUGGGGUGUUGCGAAUUCGUGCGGCGCGCCAACAAGUAAGCUCUUUACGGUACCAACUUACCAACGUGGAACUUUCAUUCAGAUCGAGUUUCCGUUGCUGUAGUAGCGCUGACGUCCUAAUGCGCCCAUGUGUUGCGAUGCCGGACAGCAGAGCAGUCCUGCUUGUGUGAGUCUCCGAUCAAGGGCUUUUUCUGCGUUGUGCCCCGACGACAGUGUUUUCUUCUUCGUGCCGCCAUUGAAAUCUCGAAUGCGACAGCCACCCCUCCCCUCAACGGAAGGUCUACUGGCUACGAACGCCCUAGAACAGGUACUCGACUGGGGCGUGGCCACAGAACAGAGAGAAACAACGCUCUCUGAGUCUUCUGCCAGCUGUCUGGAU